UUCAACUAUUAAUAAAAUCACUCGCUCUAUAUAAUUCAUUAGACUUCAGUCCCUUCUCUCUUCACACAUAUAUCUCUAUAUAUACACACACAUAUUCAUACAUAAUGCCAUACAUAUUGAUUAUAUAUAUAUUCUAAGAAUUCUCUCUACAUUGUGUUAUCUGGCCAGCGAUGGAUCACAAGAAUGGGUUCAGUCAGCAGCGUCGGAACGGGCUGUCUGCGGGUACUCAGAAGAGACCAGAGGCGGGUCAUUCGAACAUGCCGCCAGCGGGUGUUCCGAAAAAUCAACAGGAGCCGGGCUUUUUGAACGAGCUGGCGGCCGGCGUUGGGACCGUGGCGUUGGGCGUUGGGAUGGUGGUGACGACAGUGGCCGAGGGAGUCAUCAACGCCGCGGUUCCUCCGCAGCCCGUGAUGAAGGGUGAGGAGAAGGAUGGAGGCCAUGCUCCUAAAAUCGAUAGUCGUAAUAAGAUUGUAAAGGGCAGCGACAAAACAAAGGGAGGGUGCUGCUGCUGGUAGGGCACUUGUUAGAGGCAGGGGCAGGGGAGCUGAAGGAUUCUAUCAAAACAGGUAUAUUAGUUUUUUGGUUCCGUCUAUUUUGCUUUGAUAAAGAUUUUGUAAUAGUUGGUUACACUGUAUUAUAGUUACAACAGUUGUAAUAAAUAAUUUCUGGAACUAAAAAGUAUUUUGCUAUUGUACUAUAUUAUUAUUGAUUUCACAACCGCACAUUGUUGGUGAGACAAGUAUUGUUUUGUAGUGAUGAUGAGACA